GAUCCUGACUUUUUACCGCGCACGUCGGACUUUGGUUUAAAUCAAAACGUUUUUCGGGAUAAGUUUUGUUUUCAGUGUCCCGAGUCCUUUUAUAAAAUUGCAUUCUUAUGUUGUGAUUUAAAUCCAGAUAAAAGACCGUCAUUUGAAGUAUUAGAUAUAUGGUUGGAAAGUUUAUUGACACAUGCAACUUUAAAUCAGUCUUUGCCACUCGAAUUACUUUAUGAUAUUGAGAACUUUCCAGGUAUUAGUAUAAGUUCUACACCAGAAGGAUUUCUAACGCCAAAAUCAAAUCUAAGUCGAGACGAUUUAGAUGAACUUGGUAAAAAUAUACCAAAACCCCUAAACAUUCCGUCCAAUGAAAAUGAAAUCAAGAUAGUUGAAACAAUUAAAUUAGAAGAAAAGGAAAAUACUCAAAAUUUGCCAUUAGCUAUACCUAAAUCGCCACACUUAGGUAAAGAUUUCUCACCCACUGGUGAACGAAUACGUGAUAGCAUGCGUGCAAGAAGAAGACAGCGUUUAAUUGAAAAUCAAAAGCGUGGUUUGACACCUGAAAAUAAUUGUACCGAACGUGUAUUAGAAGCAGUAAAACAUAGCUUACAGAAUGGCGUUAGUAAAAAGAAUCGGCCUUAUGGUGAUAAAGGUUUUCUCUUAGAUAUUCACCGCGAUGGUGAUCUGAGGCUUAGUAAUGUUAAAGACUUAAAUAAUUGUUCUGACUUCGACUCAAGUUGCGAUACAAGUCUCAAUUACCAUGAAGUCAACGCUGUGGAGCAUGUUAAACCGAUAGAACCGUUGGCAACAGUUGUUAAAACUGUAUUAGAGGAAGAUGAUAUAAUUGUUGAAUCUCCAGCUAAUAAAAGUUUAAAGAACCGUCAGACUUUUAUAAAUUCCGUCGAAGAAGAUGCAAAAUCUAUAAACGCUAUGAAUGAAGUACAAAAAAAUAUUGCGCAGAAAUCAUAUAAAAAUGCAUUGGAUGAUAUUAGAACAAAAUUAAAUCUAUGUAAAAACAAAUUCGAAACCAUUGAUGAAGCUAAUCGUAAAAAUUAUACGAAUUCUCAAACUUCUAUGAAAACAUACUUUAAGGUAAGUCCUACAGAUGCUGUGUAUAGAACACCACCUCAAGCUUUAAAAAUGUUUCAACGCAUGGAAGCAGCGGAGGUCAAUGCGGGCAAAAGUUCGUCAAUGCAAACGCUACGUGUUAAUCAAACACCUAUCUUUGGUAGAAAGCAAUUUCCAAAAGCUGUGGAGCUCUAUACACCACAUUCAGAAUCUCUAGAAAAUUUAGCUGCCAUGACCAUUAAGUCAAAUGAUGAAGUUGUGAAAGAGAAAACAACUGUAAAGCGUGUUAAACAGCCAGCCGAAAGAACAUUUAAAAGUUAUUUGAAAGAGCUUGAUGAACCUGAGAUAAAGUCUACCGAAAUACAAGCGAAGAAAAACAAAUUAACGUAUGCUAAGGAUAUUGCAAGUGAUAGGACGCAAGAUAAAAGUAAAGUUAGUAAUCGCCUCUUAGGAUUUAGAAAAAAUGUAAAGCCCUCCUGUACUUCACCUACAAAAGAUGUUGUUGAUAAUAAGACAAAUACACGACGCACAUUGAGCCCGACUAAAAGUACAGAUAUAAAUAGAUUUACAGCUAAACAGGAUAACCUCACAGCACCAAUAUAUACACGAACCACUAGUCGACAAGUUCUCGCAAAUACUAGUAUUGGCUCUACAACCCCUAAAGUCAACUCGAAUCGCUUAACUAUAUUAAGUCCCGAAAAAGUUCAUCGCCUAAAUGCAAAAAUGUCCGAUCAAAAGAAAAAAAUGGAAUCCACUAAUAAGAUUGCUGACUCAAAGCCCUUUUCAAUUGCACCAGUUACGAAUACGUCUACAAAUGCCGAUCAACAAACACAGACUGAGCGACGAAAACGAGCAGCAGCCAAUCGAUCGCAAAUCUAUUCUAGGUAUUGAUUCAGUUUUCAAACGAAAUAUAAGUUCGAUACGAUGCUAAGCGAAGCGACAGCAGUGCUGAAACUGCUGAGAAUUUAAGAAAUUUCGAUUUAAGUUAAAAAGUGCCUAAAUUAAUGCAAUAUUAAAAACAAAAACAUUUUAGGAAUUUUUAACAAACUGAUUAAUAUUUAAAUAGAUACAUAUAAAUCAUGUACAGGGUAAUACGGAAAGUGACGUAUAUAUAUUUCUUAAAACUACUAUUGUACCUCACUUUAAACUACUUAUACAUUUCGACACAAUAAAAAACAAAAAUAAUAAGCAACUAAUAUACAUAUAAAUUAUAAAAAUAUAAAACAAUAAUAAUUAUAGCAAUGUAAUAAAAUCGUAAAGCAAUUAGACUAAUACAUGUUAUAUACACACUACUUAUAUACACAUAUUUAUAUAUACAAAUAUUAAAAUCUUAUUAAAUAUGUAUUUUUAUAACACUUUAUAGUGCCAUCGAAUAGUUUAGCCCAUGUCGAUGCAAACAUUGCAUUAUUGUAAAUAGUUUUAUGAUAUUUAAUAAUCUAUUAAGUUUGAAAAUAUUGUAAAAUAUUGAGUAAUAAUUUAUAUAUUAGUUCAUUAACAGUAUUUAUAAUUAAACUAAAUACAUAGGUUAAUUAGUUAUUAAUUCAGUAAGGAUUGUUUUUUAAAUAUUAUUAUGCCUUUAUAAAAAGUUAUUAAUACUGGUUAGUGCUUCAAAGAUUUCAAGCAUUAUGAUAUUCGAGCAAUUCAAGCAUACUCGAAUACGAAUAUUUAAAUCAAAAACUUUAAAUGUUCAGAAAUUUUCUAAACAUUUAAAAAUGUACGAGCUGCUUAAAUAGCAAAAUUGCUUUAGAUACAUUUUUUGUUUUGUUUUAUUUUAAAGAAAUAAAUAUAAUAGAAAAUGCUCGGACACAUAAUGUGAUGUUCGAACAUUUUCGAGCAGCUCGUUGUAUUCGAACGAAAAACACAUUGUAUUCGAACUUACACAUUGAAAUGCUUUAAGCUUUCAACAGCUUGAAUAAUAAUUGUAGUACUAA